AUGCAGCGGCAGAGUCAGCACUACUCGGCGGACGUGUCUCGCCCUCGCUCUGCGGAGCUGACGAGGGAUCAGUGCGUCUUGCUGAAACGUUACAUGUUGCGAAAGCGGCUCGGUGUCCUCAGGAAGAUUACAGCGAGUGCAGGUUACUACCGGCUUCCGUAUGUGGACGACAGGCGAAGUGGUUCGGGAGAGGAAGGACUCAUGACACGAGAGGGGGAGGAUCUCAUCGACGCAAAUAUGACGGGGUUCGAGGGCGAGGGCGAGAUUCAUGACCCGCUAGACAUCCUUCUGGAUUACAUGCUGGAGACUACCAACGCCGAGACUGUCAUUGCGAGCGAUGAUUACGUCGAGAGUAUCAUUGGUGGCAAUCAUGUGGUAGAUUUCGUGAGCUACAUUCGUCGAGUGCAACCUCCGGUACAAGUUGAUGGCACGCGUGAGUAG